AUGACAGUGACUUCAGGAUAUUAUGUCUUCCACUUGCCUCUAGGACUUAUUACUCCUUCAAGUGGAAAGGCAUUUAUCAAUGGAUAUGAAAUUUCUCAAGACAUGCUUCAAAUCCGGAAGAGCAUGGGCUGGUGCCCCCAGCAUGAUAUCUUGUAUGAUAACUUGACUGUAGCAGAACAUCUUCAUUUCUAUGCUCAGCUGAAAGGCUUGCCACGUCAGAAGUGCCCUGAGGAGGUCAAACGCAUGCUGCACGUGCUCGGGCUGGAGGAGAAGCGGGACUCCCAGAGCAAGUUUCUGAGUGGCGGGAUGCGGCGCAAGCUCUCCAUCGGCAUUGCCCUCAUCGCGGGCUCCAAGGUGCUGAUACUGGACGAGCCCACCUCGGGCGUGGACGCCAUCUCCAGGAGGGCCAUCUGGGACCUUCUGCAGCAGCACAAGAGCAACCGCACCAUCCUGCUGACCACCCACUUCAUGGACGAGGCCGACCUGCUGGGGGACCGCAUUGCAAUCAUGGCCAAGGGGGAGCUGCAGUGCUGUGGAUCGUCGCUGUUCCUCAAGGAGAAAUAUGGUGCGGGAUAUUAUAUAACUCUGGUAAGAAAACCACAUUGUGACACAGAGAAGAUUUCUCUUCUGAUUUACCAGCACAUACCAUAUGCAGUUUUCCAGUCUAGCAUUGGAGAAGAACUAACAUUUAUACUUCCUAAAGAGAGCAUGCACAGGUUUGAAGCUCUGUUUACUGACUUGGAACUGAGGCAGGAAGAGCUGGGCAUUGCCAGCUUUGGGGCCUCUGUCACCACUAUGGAAGAAAUCUUCAUUCGGGUUAAUAAACUGAUGGAUUCCAACAUAGACUUGCAGAUCAUCAAGCUUCCUUCCUUCCAUUCUCAUCCACUGGUGAGCAGAGUUCCUGUCAACAGGAUUAGACGUCUUCAUUCAAGGAUUUUCUCAAUACCAUCCGGCCUACCCAUCCAUCCUAACACUGGGUUCAGCCUUCUCUGCCAACAGUUCUAUGCCAUGUUCUUGAAAAGGGCUACCUAUUCUUGGCGCAACUGGAUGAUGAUGCUGUCAAUACAGAUCCUGGUGCCUCUAGUCAUUCUUAGUAUCAGCCUCUCAUUCCUCAACUUUGAUAUAAGCAUGGACAACAGCCCAUUGGAGCUGACCCUAAAAUUAUAUGGUCAAACUAUUGUUCCAUUCUACAUUUCUCCGAACUCCAGGCUGGGUCCACAGUUUGUAGAACGUUUGACAGAUGUGCUCGUGGCUGAGGACCAGAUUCCUCUGGAGCUGCAAAGCCCAGUGGAAGCAUUCCUCCUGAAAAAGUUAGAGGAGGAGCCCGAGGUCUUUGACCAGAACUACCUGGUGGCCAUUUCUUUUGACGACAUGGGGAACCACACCAUCGUGACAGCGCUGUUCAACAACCAGGCAUACCAUUCCAUGGCCCAGGUGCUGGCGUUGGUGGAUAACGUCCUGUUCAAGUUGCUUUCUGGUCCCCAGGCGUCCCUAACGGUCCUGAAUCACCCUCAGCCUCAGUCAAGCAUGGAGGCCGCAGAGGACAUCUUGUAUGAGGGCCCUAAAGGACAUUAUCUUGUCAUCAACUUGCUUUUUGGAAUGGCUUUCCUUUCGAGUUCUUUUUCCAUCUUGACAGUCAAGGAGAGAGGCCUCAAGGCCAAGCAGGUCCAGUUCAUCAGCGGUGUCCACGUGGCUACAUUCUGGCUCUCCUCUCUGCUGUGGGACCUCCUGUCCUUCCUUGUCCCCAGCCUGCUGCUGCUGGUGGUGUUUCUAUACUUCAGUGAGGACGCUUUUACACACAAGGAGAAUGUCCCAGCUGUCUUCUUGAUGCUGAUGCUCUAUGCCUGGGCCAUCAUCCCCUUCAUCUACCUGACCAGCUUCUGCUUUGACAAUGCGGGGAAUGCCUGUGUCAAACUCAUCAUCAUGCUGACCUUUCUGAGCAUUGGCCCCUUUGUUCUUGUCUCGGUCACAAGUGAAAAAGAACUUGGCUACAGAACAAUCUCAGACUCCCUGGAUGACAUGUUCCUAUUACUUCCAGGCCAUUGCCUGGGAAUGGCUUUAUCCAACCUGUACUACAACUUUGAACUGCAGAAAUUUUGCAAGGCCAAGAGCUUAGACUAUGUUGAGUGCAGUAAAGUUUCAGAGGGCUACGUGGUCCAGGAGGACAUCUACGCCUGGCAGUCUCUCGGGAUGGGGAAGUACCUGACAGCCCUCGCCGCCUCCGGGCUCGUGUACCUCAUCCUGCUGUUCCUCAUUGAAACCAGUGUCUUAUGGGAACUGAAAGCCAGAUUUUCUGGCCUCUACUGGAAGCAGAAAUCGGUUGUUUUGCAGAACGCAGAGUCUGUGCCUGGAGACCAAGAUGUGGAAGAGGAAGCAAACAUGAUCAAGAACUCUUGGGAAGAUCUGUGUAAGAAAAACCCACUGGUCCUUAAAGAACUGUCUAAGGUAAAGUCCUAUGUAGCUUGA